AGAGAGAGAUGGGGAGAGCCCCUUGUUGUGACAAAGCAAGUGUGAAGAAAGGGCCAUGGUCUCCUGAAGAAGAUGCAAAACUCAAAGACUUCAUUGAGAAAUUUGGUACUGGUGGUAACUGGAUUGCUCUCCCUCAAAAAGCUGGUCUCAAAAGAUGUGGGAAGAGUUGCAGGUUGAGAUGGCUAAACUAUCUCAGACCCAAUAUCAGGCAUGGUGAAUUCUCUGAUGAUGAAGACAGGAUCAUCUGCAGCUUGUAUGCUACAAUUGGUAGCAGAUGGUCGGUAAUAGCAGCUCAGCUACCGGGAAGAACUGACAAUGAUAUCAAGAAUUAUUGGAACACUAAACUGAAGAAGAAGCUGUUGACUAUGCUUCCCUCACUUCAAGAAAAACCAACUCUUUUUCCAUCUAUGCCCUUCCAACCACCAUAUGAUGAUCAUCAUCAUCAUACAUCAGACCACUUCUUGACUACUUCAUCAUCAUUCUACACCAAUUAUACCCCUAACUUUAUGAGUGUUGACACCACUUCCAACUCUCUCCUUGUUCAAGAUAAUGAUCAUGUUAAUGUUGCCAAUCUCUCAUCACCACCACCACCACCACCACCUGAAAACCAUUUGAUCAGUUUGCUGGGCAACAACACCAUUGAUGUUAAUGAAAACUCUUAUAAUAGUUAUCUAGGGUUUCAAGAUGACCAUCAGAGCAUGUGCAACAGUCCAAUGCAGGAAUGCUACCAUCCUGUAUCCGCCAUGAAAGAAGGCAUGCUCAUGUUUGGAGGUGGUGCAACUUGUUCUUCAUCUGAAGGUGGGAGCUGCAUGAGCCAAAUCAGUCAUGGGAAUUACAACAAAGAUCAUCAUCAGAAGCAGCAGUAUCAGAUCAAACAAGAAGACCAAAUAACUCUUCAAGAACAGGUUCUUGGAGAUCAAACUCAAAGCCUGCAGGGUUUCAUAAUCAAUCAGAAGCCAAAAGAGUACAUGAUCAAGAACCAUGUAAGUCCAUUGAACAAUGAUCUUGAGGAAGUCAAGCAACUCAACUUCAACAGCUACAUGUUCCAUGAUGGUGAUGAAAGCAAGACAACACAUUAUCAGAAGGGGAUGUGCUCCUAUUAUUACUGAUCAUUAGAUUAAUCAAUUCAAAAAUUUGUUGUAAUUAAGUGGUAAUUCAGACAAGAUGAUCGGGUAGGUUAUGAUUUUGAAAGGGCAUUGAGGGUGUUUUCUGGUUCAGAUGAGAGACUUUGACACAGUUUCUUGGGGUUUGUGUUGAGAUCUGUACUUGAUGGUGGAAAUCAAUGGAAAACUA